CGAAAAAAUAGGGUUUAAACAUGAAGGUCAAAAAAGUUUUCACCGGGUGAUCCCACUCACAAUUGAUACAGAUGCACCCGGAAAGUGUGCUUGAUCGUUCCUAAAAAAAGCAUAGACUUUGAGCUCCACAAUCGCCGACCUAAACCGUCCGCUAGAAUUUCCCGGUAUACCCAUGACGCGUCCUAUCUUCGGCUCACUAUAUAAACCACGGUGUCCCGUUCCUUCCAUGUCCCUUUAGAAUCCAUCGCCACCCAAAAUUUUUCUUCAUCUUUUCUCGCCCUUGGCAUUGUUUUUCUCCCCUCUGUCUACCCACAACACCUAUCAUUAAAAUGCAGCUGCAAUUGAUCGGUGCUAUGCUUCUUGCCACGGGCACAUUUGUCACCGCCCAACAAUCGGCCUCGCCUAGUGCUUCUUCUCCUUCUUCGACCUCUUCUUCCAUCUUGGCCGUUCAAUCGCCCACUUGGUUGCCUAAAUUUUCUAAACCGGCCGGUGUCAAUGACGGCUACACCGGCAAGCCCAACAUCACCGAUACUUUGCCUACCGAAACCUUGGAUUUGAGUGCCUACCCUGAACCUUGGUCAGCGCCUGUCACCGACCACCCCGAAAUUCAGGCCGUAAUGAAAGCCAUCGAUUGGAACCACGUUCCCAAGUCGUCUAUCAAAAAGGAUGAUUCCAAUGGCGAUAUCUCGUUCUCCGGUUACGAUGAAAGCAAGGAUCCCGACUGUUGGUGGUCCGAUACCAACUGUAUCCAGCCCAAGGUGCCAUACUUGCCUCAAGAUGUCGUUUACUGUCCCAAUGUGGGUGACUGGGGCUUGAACUAUGACGACGGUCCAAUGAACCCUAACCAUGAAGAUGGACCCCUGAACGACGACAAGUGGGCUGAACCUGAACUUUACAAUUUCUUGGCCAAGAACAACAACCAGAAAGCCACGCUCUUCUACAUUGGUUCCAACGUCGUGACGUUCCCUGCUGCUGCCAGACGCGCUCUGAACGAUGGUCACGUUCUUUGCGUCCAUACCUGGUCGCAUCCUCAAAUGACGACCCAGUCCAACGAAAAGGUGGUGGCUGAAUUAUACUGGACUUUGCGUGCCAUCAAGGAAGCUACGGGCGUGACCCCUCGCUGCUGGCGUCCACCUUUUGGUGAUGUGGACGAUCGUGUGCGUGCCAUUGCUUGGCAAAUGGGUAUGCGUACCAUGCUUUGGGACGAAGACACCGAUGACUGGAACAUGCCCGGCGAUGGUGGAGGUGACUUGGCUCCUUCGACCGUGGACGGUUACUUUGAAGACUGGAUCAACAAGCGCAAGAAUGGUACCGACAACGAACACGGCCACAUUGUCCUUGAACACGAACUCAACAACUCGACCGUAUCCAUGACCGAAAAGUGGUUGCCCAAGCUUCAAGAGACAUUUAAUGUCGUUUCCAUGCAUCAGUGUUUGAACAUUUCGCAGCCUUACUGGGAAGAGAACUGGGUCUAUCCUACCGAAGCUAACCCUGAUCCUGCCCAAAACAACAACAGCAACAACACCGCCAGCAGUUCCUCUUCUUCCACUUCUCCUUCUUCCUCGUCUUCGGCCUCUGACUCUUCCUCUUCUGAGAAGGCUUCCUCUGAAAGCUCCAAGCAAUUGAGUUCCAGCACGGACUCUCCUUCCGAUGCCAAUUCGGCCGCCUCCUCUUUGACCCUUUCCCUCGCCACCGGCAUUGUUAUGCUUGGUACUGCCUUGUCACUCACUCUUUAAAAUUCCUAUUUUAGCCCGCCCACUUUAUAUUUGUUACAUAAUUUAUAAACCAUUUUUUGACAAAUCUGUAUUUCAUUUGAUAUACAAUACAUCUUUAUGUACAGUACAUGUAUUCCAGAGGUCUUUUCUGCCCAUUUUUCUUUUCAAGUGUGAGUGGGAUCUUCGCAUGUGCCAAAGGUAGCCCCGUUAUAGCGUCGGCAGUACGUUCCUUGCGCACACACCUCAUUUUGUGUGCACAAUUGAUGUAACGAUUUGAUUUUCGGCAAGUCCACAGCGAGCACAGUAACAGUAGCCAAAAGAAUAGCCAGGAUAAUGCUUCUCAUGAUGAUAAAAUGCUAUUGGUUUUUGCAAAGUGAAAAAGAGGGCACGCAGCAGAAAACGAGCAACAAGAGAGAGAGAGAGAGAGAGGAAAAAAAAAG